CCAAAUAUGAAACGUAAACGUUCUCAGUACCAGAAAAAUUGGGUUGCUGCGACUCGAGCUUUGAAAGCUUCCCAUAGCAGAGUUUCAACUACCUAUGAUAGUGACGAGUCUGAUAGUACUUCUGUAUAUGAUACCUUUCCUGGCGUUUAUCCAGAAUCAGACGUGGGACAAAACAAUGCAAUUAACCAACUCCAACCUGAAACCAGUAAUGAAAUUGCACAACAGGAAAAUUUAGUUUUUCAGUGUGACAAUGGGGUUGAUUUGAAUGCAGUAGGUGACAGCGGUGACAGUGUAAACGAAUCAUCAGAUGAUGAUUGCUCACUAGACAGUGUUCUAUCAGACAGAUUAGCAAAUUGGGCUAGUAAUUUUCAAGUCAAACAAAAUGCUGUAGAUAGUUUAUUGAAGAUCUUAAAACAAUCUGGGCAUCCUAACUUGUGUAGCUCGGCUCGUGGGCUGUUAAAGACAGCUAGGGAUGUACCUGUACAACUGAAGUCAGGCAUGCAAUAUAUAUAUUUUCCUAUUGCUGAAGCCCUGGUUAAACAUUGGAAUAGAUAUCCAAACAGCGACAUAGAUUCAGCCGAAUGCAUUAAGAUAUCCUUAAAUAUAGAUGGCUUGCCUCUUUUCAAAAGUUCAUCAGCUUCUUUGUGGCCAGUGCUUUGCUCAAUUGUAAAUUUCCAUCACAUAGCUGUUUUUCCUGUUGUGUUGACAUAUGGGUCUUCAAAACCUAAAGAUUUAGAGUUUCUAGAGGACCUUAUUAGGGACCUUUGUGAGAUUUUAGAAAAUGGUGUGCAGUGUGGUAAUCGAAAUGUUAAAGUUUCUAUGAGGUGUAUAGUUUGUGAUGCACCAGCAAGAGCAUUUGUGAAAGGUACCAAGCUGUAUUCUGGUUACUUUGGAUGUGACAAGUGCUGCCAGAGGGGUAUGUGGGGUGGUAGGAUGCUGUUUCCUCUGGUGGACAAUGUUAUUCUUCGUACUGAUUUGUCAUUUCGUCAGCAGUCCAAUCAAGAGCAUCACAAGGGUACUAGCCCAUUCUGUAGCAUUCCCAAUGUUGAUAUGGUCAAACAGUUCCCUAUUGACUACAUGCAUCAGGUUUGCUUAGGAGUGAUGAAGAAGCUUCUUUUGCUUUGGAUCAGGGGUAAGCGUGAAGUGAGGAUGUCAGCUUUGAAUGUAAACAUGAUUAGUGAAAGAUUGGUUCACCUAAAACCCUACAUUCCAGCUAGUUUUGCACGAAAACCACGGUCCCUUAGCGACAUUGACAGGUGGAAAGCAACUGAAUUUAGACAGUUUCUUCUGUACACAGGCAAAGUUGUUUUAGAUGGUAUUUUAAGGAGAGAUCUUUAUGAUCACUUUCUGUCAUUAAAUGUUGCCAUUUCUAUCUUAGUCAGCCCUCGUCUUGCAAAAGAGCAUACUAGUUUUGCCCAUCAGUUAUUAGAAUACUUUGUGAAGCAAGGUAGUGUCUUGUAUGGUGAUGAAUUUGUUGUGUAUAAUGUGCACACUUUGAUACAUUUAGCAGGAGAGGUUGUGGAGCAUGGUAGCUUAGACAGUUGUAGUGCUUUUGCAUUUGAAAAUUAUAUGCAAAAGUUGAAGAGAUUUGUGCGUUCAGGUACUAACCCCAUUGUUCAAAUUGCAAAACGUUUGAGUGAAUUGCCUUGUGGAAAAUUCCCAUCAACUGAUGAAGCAAAGCGAAUUGAUGUAAAGAUACCCAACAACUGUUUCAUCUUAAGUGAUGCAUCCUGUUGUGAGGUGGUUGAGUGUUCAAGUGAGAUUGAUGAAGAUGGAGGGAAAAUCUAUCUCUGCAGAAUAUAUUCCAACACAAUCCCCCUUUUUGAGAGCCCGUGCGAUUCGCGUAUAAUUGGUGUCCACCACGCAAAUCAAAGGAAUACAACGAUGAAGCUUCUCCCAUUUCGGUUGUUGGAAACACAGGCUAUAAAGAUUGAGUAUGGUCCAGCUAAAAUUAUUUUCAUGGCUAUGUUGCAUUUGGUGUAA